GUGUGGGCGGAGUUGCGGGGUGCCGGGUCCCCCCAUCGAAGACGGGAGCUGGGCGCGGUGCUGUGCAGUGCGGAGCUGAGCAAGGGCUGCGGCGGGACGAGGAUGCUGUGGGGCCAGGGGCUGCUGGCGCUGUGUCUGGGCCUGGCGCUGGCCAAGCCGCCCCCCGAGAAGCGGGACCGGGUGCACCACGGGCAGGAGCUGAGCGACCACCCGCACGACGACCGCCAGGGCUUCCAGUACGACCACGAGGCCUUCCUGGGCAAGGAGCAGGCCAAGACCUUCGACCAGCUCACGCCCGAGGAGAGCCAGGAGCGCCUGGGGAAGAUCGUGGAGCGGAUCGACCGGGACCAGGACGGCUUCGUGACCCAGGCCGAGCUGAAGGACUGGAUCAAGCACACCCAGAACCGGUACAUCUUCGAGAACGUGCAGAAGAACUGGCAGGACUACGACCGGGACGGCGACGGGCGCAUCGCCUGGCCCGAGUUCAAGAACGCCACCUAUGGCUACUACGAGGGGGAGGAGUUCGGGGACCUGGAGGACAAACAAUCCUACCGCAAGAUGCUGGCGCGGGACGAGCGGCGCUUCAAAGCGGCCGACAGGGACGGGGACAUGGUGGCCACGCGGGAGGAGUUCACCGCCUUCCUGCACCCCGAGGAGUUCGACUACAUGAAGGACAUCAUCGUCACGGAAACAAUUGAAGACAUUGACAAGAACGGGGACGGUUACGUGCAGGUGGAUGAGUACAUCGGCGACAUGUACACCCCCGAGAGCGGCGAGCCGGAGCCCGAGUGGGUGCAGAGCGAGCGGCAGCAAUUCCUGGACUUCCGGGACCUGGACCGGGACGGGCGGCUGGACCGGGCCGAGAUCGGCCACUGGAUCCUGCCCCAGGACUAUGACCACCCCGAGGUGGAGGCCAAGCACCUGCUCUUCGAGUCCGACAAGGACAAGGACGGGCGGCUGACGAAGCAGGAGAUCCUCGACACUUGGACCAUGUUCGUGGGCAGCCAAGCCACCAACUACGGGGAGGAUCUGACCCGCAAGCACGACGAGCUGUGACCAGGGGAGUCCGGGCCUGCCCCCCACAACGCCCCUACAAGGACCUGGGGGGGAGGGGACUUAUUUAUUGGGGGGGCUAUACAGAUUUGGAGGUGCACUCAGACUUGUGCUAGGGCAUGGACUAGAAGGCUGGGAGCCAGGACUCCUGGGUUCUCUCCCAAGCUCUGGGAGGCGAGUGGGGUCAAGUGGGUAGGGCUGGGAGCCAGGACUCCUGGGUUCUCUCCCCUCCCGCUGCUCUGGGAGGGGAGCGGGGGACGGGCAGCACUCCUGGGUUUAAUGCCCAGGGAUAGCCAUUCCCUUUCCCGUGCCUCAGUUUACCUGUAGGCUGCUGGCAGAACAAACCCCUCUCCCCACCCACCCUGUAAAAAACAACA